UGAGAACCUGAAACAGCCUCAAAAUGUUUAACAAAUCGUUUGGAACACCUUUUGGUAGCAACACAGGCGGUUUUGGGACAACUUCAGCUUUUGGACAGAAUGCUGGCUUUGGCACAACCAGUGGAGGAGCUUUCGGAGCAUCUGCGUUUGGAUCGAACAACAACACGGGCGGACUCUUUGGGACAGCACAGACCAAGCCAGGUGGGCUGUUUGGAUCGAGUACCUUUAGCCAGCCAGCCACCUCAUCCACUAGCACCGGAUUUGGGUUUGGAACAUCAACUGGAACGUCCAGUGGCUUGUUCGGGACAGCAAGCACCGGUGGAGGCCUCUUCUCGUCGCAGAACAAUGCCUUUGCACAAAAUAAACCCGUGGGGUUUGGCAACUUCGGGACAAGUACUAGCAGCGGCGGCCUCUUUGGAACCACCAAUACGACCUCCAAUCCCUUUGGGGGCACAUCCGGCUCCCUGUUUGGAUCUACUAGUUUUGCGACUGUUCCAACUGGCACGACCAUUAAAUUUAAUCCUCCGACUGGCACUGACACGAUGGUGAAGUCUGGAGUCAGCACAAACAUCAGCACCAAGCAUCAGUGCAUCACUGCCAUGAAAGAGUACGAGAGCAAAUCCCUGGAGGAACUCCGUCUGGAAGACUAUCAAGCAAACAGGAAAGGUCCCUCCAACCCAGUCGGAGCCGGGGCCACUCCAGGCCUGUUCGGGUCUUCUACUGCAACCUCCAGUGCAGCCACGGGGCUCUUUGGUUCCUCCACCACUAAUGCGGGCUUUUCCUACGGACAGAACAAGACGGGCUUUGGAACCAGCGCAUCCGGCUUUGGGACGGGCGCGGGCAGCCUCUUCGGCCAGACGCAGCAGACGACCGGCCUCUUCAACAAGCCCUUCGGCCAGGCCACCACGGCACAGAACGCGAGCUAUUCCUUUGGGAACACACUUGGGCAGCCCAGCACAAGCACAAUGGGUUUAUUUGGAGCCACGCAGCCCUCUCAGCCUGGAACCCUUUUUGGAACAGCGGCUAAUACAAACACCGCGACCGGAUUUGGAACCGGGACAAGUCUCUUUGGACAAACCAAUACAGGUUUUGGUGUUGGUAGCUCGUCCCUAUUUAGCAACAAACCAGCUGGAUUUGGAACCACGACCACCAGUGCACCCACGUUUGGCACGACGACGAGUGGACUUUUUGGGUUUGGUGCGAACAACACGGGGAACAGCCUGUUUGGAAACAAGCCUGCCGCUGGCACUCUGGGAACUGGCUUGGGAACAGGAUUUGGAACAGUCCUUAGUGCGGGACAGACCUCCCUGUUUGGGAAUACCCAGCCUAAAUUGGGAAGCACACUGGGGACGGGAGCAUUUGGAGCCUCCGGAUUUAAUACCUCAGCAGCCUCCCUGGGCUUUGGAGCGCCACAGCCAGCUGUGGCUUUGACAGACCCAAAUGCUUCCGCGGCUCAGCAGGCCAUCCUGCAGCAGCACCUCAACAGCUUGACGUACGCCCCCUUCGGGGAUUCGCCUCUCUUCAGAAACCCCAUGUCUGACCCAAAGAAGAAGGAGGAGAGACUGAAGCCAACCAACCCAGCCGCCCAGAAGGCCCUGACUACGCCCACCCACUACAAGCUGACCCCUCGCCCCGCCACCCGGGUGCGGCCGAAAGCCCUGCAGACGACGGGCUCCUCCAAGUCCCACCUCUUCGACGGCCUGGAUGACGACGAGCCGGCCCUGUCGAACGGGGCCUUCAUGCCCAAGAAGAACAUUAAGAAGUUGGUGCUGAAGAACCUCAACAGCAGCAGCCUCUUCUCUCCUGCCAGCGGCGAAGUCGAUGAGCUCGCCUCCCCCUCCGAGUAUCCAGAGAGCGGGGAACGGUUCAACUUCCUCUCCAGGUCCAUCGACGAGAACCACAGGCAGGAGGGAGAGCUGGAGGAGGAAGAGGGCCCCCCCCGGGAAGCAUCCCGGUUCUUCGCCAGCCCCCUUGGCAAGCCACUUCCCCAGACGCCGGACAGCACCACGUACAAGGCGCACGGCGGCGCGGACGACACCAUCCUGGCCCUGAACGUGCGGCCUGCGCUGCGGAACGGGCUGGAAGGCAGCCGUGAGGAGGCCUCCUACCGCGAGGAGUCCCUGCAGGAUGAGCACGAGGAGGAGGUGGAGCACAGGCAUUCUGCGCAUCCAGCAGGAAUUGUUCUGGUACGAGUUGGAUACUACACUAUUCCAUCCAUGGACGAGCUGGCCAAAAUGACAAACGACAAAGGAGAGUGUAUUGUGACAGACUUCACCAUUGGCCGCAAAGGCUACGGCUCCAUCUACUUUGAAGGCGAAGUCAACCUGACUAGCCUGAACCUGGACGAGAUCGUGCACAUCCGCCGGAAAGAAGUCAUCGUCUACCCAGACGACGAGCUGAAGCCACCCGUUGGCGAAGGCUUAAAUCGGCGCGCCGAAGUUACCUUGGAUGGCGUUUGGCCCACAGACAAAACCUCGCGUUGCUUGAUAAAGAGCCCGGAACGGCUGGCAGAGAUGAACUACGAGGGCAGGCUGGAGGCGGUCUCUCGGAAGCAGGGGGCCCAGUUCAAGGAGUAUCGCCCCGAAACGGGAUCGUGGGUGUUCAAGGUGGCUCACUUCUCAAAGUAUGGCUUGCAAGACUCUGAUGAGGAAGAGGAGGAACACUCAUCAAAAGUAGAGGCAAAGAAAUUAAAAACUGCCCAGGUGCCCCCUCCAGGCCAGCUGGUGGCUCAGCAAAUGGCUCUAAGUGGAAAACCAGCACCGUCUUCCAAGAGCUCCGAUGUGGAACCGCUGGGGAGGGUUGUGGAGCUGGACAGCAACAUGGCAGACGUCACGCAGGAGCCGGCGCAGGACUUUGCCGCGGAAGAGACCCUGGCGGAGGAGCAGGAGCCCAUGGCCGCCUCCACCCACAUCGCCUCUGCGCUGGACAUCAACCCCCACACGCUGCAGAUCAUGAAGGCCUCCUUGCUGGUGGACGAGGAGGAUUUGGACCUGAUCCUCGAUCGCCGCUUUGGCAAGCAAGCGGCAGCAGCGGAUGCUUCUCAGGAGAUCUGCUCUCCACGGCUUCCAAUCUCCGCCUUGACACAAGGACGGAAAAGCCGUCCGUCAGCUGCGGGGUUGCUGCCAUCAAGACUCCCCAGUGGAUCGUUGCUCCUUCCGAGCGCUGCCCUCCAGGGCAGCUGCAGUCCCAGGACUUCCUCUCUAGGUGCCGCAGUGCCGGCCCCGCCGUGGUCCGCCAUCCCUUCGCUGGCAUCCGUGCUCACAGUGCCGAGCCCAGCACCUGACGUGCCCCUGAAAACGGUGGGCAUCCGCAGGCACCUUGGCCUGGUGCCCCUGGAGAAAUCCGUCACCUGCGGGAAAGGACGGCUGCUGAAGGACAUGGCACUCUUCAUGGGCCGGUCGUUCCGCGUCGGCUGGGGCCCCAGCUGGGUCCUUGUUCACAGCGGGGAGCAGCUGAGCAGCCCACCUGAGCCGGAGGAGCCCCAGGACGAGUCCAUGGAGUACGGCUUCCUGCCCACGCCCGUUGCCCCAAAGCAGCUCUCCGAGUCUCCCUUUAAGGUCCACGUGGAGAAGCUGAGUUUGGAAAGGAGAGCUGCGGGCAGGCGCCUGCAGGCCUUCCUCCCACCCCUCGAGAUCAAGCUCAAGCACAGCACUGUCCACCUGGAUGAGCCCUGCCCACUCCUGACCCCCUGCCCCGGUGUGGCAGCUAUCCACGAAUAUGCGAGGUGGGCGACUGAGACCUGUGGCGGCCCGGAAGAAGUGGAAGCGGUCGUGAAGGACUGGUGCUUGGUGUGGACCUUGGGCGAGGCACUCUGGGGCCACCUGAAGGAGCUGGAGGCCCGCCUGGACGAGCCCAGCGAGUACAUCGUGGCUCUGCAGCGCCGGGGGGCCUUCUCCCGCUGGCUGUCGCAGGCCGCCGCCCUGCGCAUCCAGGACGAGGUGGCGCUGAGCCAGAAGGACAGUGCCGCAGAGGCCGUCUUCAGCUGCCUCACUGGGAAGCAGAUCAGCGAAGCCUGCAGGCUGGCCCAGGAGUCUGGGGAUCACAGGCUGGCUCUGCUCCUCUCCCAGCUGGCAGGGAGCCAGGAGGUCAGGGAGCUGCUGGCUUUGCAGCUUACAGACUGGCAGCAGCUCCAGGCAGACGCCUUCAUCCAGGAGGAGAGGCUGCGCAUAUUUGCCCUCCUCGCAGGCAAGCCGGUGUGGCCUUUGUCGGAGAGGAGGACUGUCAACGUCUGUUCCCAGCUGGACUGGAAGCGCUGCAUUGGCAUCCACCUCUGGUAUUUGCUUCCUUCCACGGCCCCCCUUUCUGCGGCGCUCAGCAUGUACGAAGCUGCCUUCCAGGAUUCCGUAGAGGGCGAUAGGUAUGCCUGCCCGCCGCUGCCUCCGUAUCUAGAGGGCUCGGGCUGCGUCCUCGAGGAAGGCGACGCACAGCAGCCGCUGCGGGACGUGUGCUUUCACCUGCUGAAGCUCUACAGUGACCGGUGCUACGACCUGCAUCAGCUGCUUGACCCCAGGAGCAUCACGGCCGACCCCCUGGACCACCGGCUCAGCUGGCACCUGUGGGAAGUGCUGCGCGCCCUGAAUUACACGCACCUGUCGGAGCAGCGCCAGGGGGUGCUGAGCGCCAGCUACGCCGCCCAGCUCGAGAGCGAGGGCUUGUGGGAAUGGGCGGUCUUCGUGCUGCUGCACACGCCCGACGCGCACACGCGAGAGCGAGCGGUGCGCGAACUGCUGAGCCGUCACUGCACACUGUCCGAGACGCCGGAGUCCUGGGAAGAGGAGGCCUUCCUCACGGAGAAGCUGUGUGUGCCGCCCGCGUGGAUUCAUGAAGCCAAGGCCACGAGGGCCCGGAUGGAGGGGGACAAGCACAAGGAGGCCCUGUACCUGUUCAAGGCCGGGCACUGGAACCAGUGCCACAGGCUGGUGAUCCGGCACCUGGCCUCAGAUUGCAUCAUUAACGAGAAGUACGCCUACCUGAAGGGGUUCUUGGAAGACCUGGCCGCUCCUGAGCGCAGCACCCUCAUCCAGGACUGGGACACGGCCGGGCUGGUCUUCCUGGACUACACCCAGGUCAUCGAGAUGCUGCACAGGAUCCAGCAGCUGGAUUGCUCUGGGUAUGAGCUGGAGGAGCUGCACGCCAAAGUGAUCUCGCUCUGCAGCAGGAUAGAGCUGGUCCAGUGCCACAGCGCCAAAGACAGGCUGGCUCAGUCCGAAAUGGCGAAGCGCAACGCAGACAUCCUGCGCGCCGUGCUGAGGCUGCAGCACCCGCCGGAGCCCGCGCCCGGGGGCUUCCUGGACACGCAGAGGGUGCCGCUGCGCCUGCUGGCCCCCCACAUCGGCCGGCUCCCCAUGCCUGAGGACUACGCGCUGGAGGAGCUCCGUGGCCUCACACAAUCCUACCUGCGUGAACUGACUGUGGUGGCGCAGUGAGGCCGGCCCGCCGGCCCGCCGAGCCACUUGCGACCCCUCUGGCCCUGGUUCUGGGGGCGACGGAGCCCCCGUUGCAGCGCUGCCUCGGGCAAUGCAGAAGCCCCCCCGGCCCCGGGUGUCGCACGGGGUGGAGCCCUGGCCCCCCGAGCGGGCGGGGGCCCCGCAGGCGCCUCCAGCUCAAUAAAGCCCUUCUGCCGCAGCAGGACCGGCGGCGUUGCCCUGACUGACGGCCGGCGGGAGACCAGGCGGGAUGCGGCGUCUCCCAGAUCUCGAGGGGCCACGGGGCUCCAUGCGAGCGCAGUCGCCUCCACUCACGCGCCACUGGGCCAGGGGCUUGCCCUGGGAGCGAGAAGCUUUGUGGGGGUCCACGGAGGGCUUGGCCUGGGCGGCUGGCGCGGGCCCGUCGUUGGGGCGAGUCACAUUCGGGCCACGCCGGGUGGCCCCUGGGAGGGAGGGAGGGAGGGCCAGCCGCGUUCCCUGAGCACUGCGCCUGGGCGUCCUUGCCUGGGCGCACCGCCGUUGCAGGAUCUGGGCACGUCCUGCAGCGAAGUCACAAUCCAGACGUCGUCCUGUGGAACCGGCGCUCCCGGGGCUGCUUGCUGGCGGGGCUGGAAGUGUCUGCCCAGGGCGCUUUUGAACCUUCCCCGCCUCCCCGCUUCCGAAACCGGCCGCUUGUGUUCCUCGGGCAGCGGCCUCGUGGGGGCGGGAGCUUCUGCGCGUGUGUGUGAUGCUGCCGAUCCUUGGAAGUCGUGGGGUGAGCCGGGCGUUGGGUCUGCUUGCCAUGUUGCUUCACGAUACCCGAAGGCGUGUCUGGGCGGGGGGCUGGCCAGCAGGGAAGCCGCCCUCACUCGCGCCCCCCGGCCUGCAUCUCUGGGGAGGAGGCCGGCGUCCGUGGGCGUGCGAGAGCGCCUCCCUGUGGCUGGCCGCCUCCACCUGGGCUCGCCGCAAGGCGUUUGCCACUCCUGGACUUCUGGGGCGCCGCGUGUGCAUUGGGGGUGUCAACAAAGUGGUUACGCAUGAAAUUAUGUAAAGGUUUUUAUUAAAAGUAUAAAUAAAUGAUCCAGAUUAUUUUGUCUGUUUUCUGGAAAUGCUUUCUAAUAAAAAUUAAAAAUGUUUAUAACA